AAACAAUCAGCUUUACUGAGUUGAAAUGUUCAUACAUUUUGAUAACAUUACGAUAAUAAGUGUCUUCUAAAGUACUUCACACAAACAGAAUUCGCCAGAAAAAAAACAUAAAAUAGUCUGAUGUAAAAAUCAAACGACAUUGACGCCGCCCUCAACGCUCGCACUCAAUUAUCCCUCAAAAUGGCGACGAGUAAGACCAUUGUAAAGCUGCUGCGUCAAAUUUCGGUGGUGACCGGAGCCUCAGGUAUACAGACCCAUGUGAAGUGUUCAAAUGUAAUUGCUACAUGUCGACAGUUUUCAUCUCUCCAACAACCAAAGUUACUUAUGAAGAAAGAAAGAGUGCCUACAACUUUAGUUACUCAAGUGAGAUCCAUGUUUAUACAGACGCAUGAAACACCAAAUCCAAACAGUUUAAAGUUCAUCCCCGGUGUGCCAGUGUUGGGUUCAGGAACAAUGGAUUUCCCAACAGCAAGAGUGGCACAUGGAUCUCCACUAGCAAGACAGUUGUUUCGCAUUGAUGGUGUUAAAAGUGUCUUCCUGGGUCCAGAUUUUAUUACAAUUACAAAACAUGAUGAUGACUCUGAGUGGAAGAUCAUAAAACCUGAAGUGUAUGCUGCAGUAAUGGAUUUCUUCGCUACUGGUUUACCCAUACUCACUGACGAACAACCUUCUGCAGAUACAGAAAUUCAUCCUGAUGAUGAUGAAACAGUGGCUAUGAUAAAAGAGUUACUCGACACAAGAAUCAGGCCUACAGUACAAGAAGAUGGUGGUGAUAUUGUUUAUAUGGGCUUUGAGAAAGGCAUUGUAAAGCUAAAGAUGCAGGGUUCAUGUACAAGUUGUCCCAGUUCAGUGGUGACUUUGAAAAGUGGGGUGCAGAACAUGUUACAGUUUUAUGUGCCUGAAGUCUUAUCAGUUGAACAGGUGAGAAAUCUAUUUUGUUUUCAUGUAUAA